GUCUGACUCGUCAGUGUCGUCGUCGGUCGUCGUCACUCGUCUAUUUAAAGAUUGCAGAUUUUGUAGCCAUAUUGCAAGCAAGAAGCAGGUUUCAUCGCAAUUAUAACUGAUUGUUCUCAUAGUACAUGUAAAGUGGACACCGGCCCCAAAAUGGGGGAUUCUCUGGAAGUGAACGAGACAACAGCCGAUACUGAAACUGUUGCGGUCGUUGAUUAUACUGCGUUUACAAAUUUCAUCUUGAAAGCGGCUACAGUUCUCUUGCCAGAUGAUGAUAGCCAGGCAGAACCAACAAACCUGGUAACUGCAUUGGAUGACAAGAUGAAUCAGGAGUGUAUUGAAAAUUUCAUCAGUGAUCCCCAAGUUUCGACUCUUUAUAUACAAAGAAACUCUUCUAAAGACGAUGACAGUGAUCAACCCCCUGAAGGGGAAGAAGAAAAAGAACCAGUCACAUACUAUGUCAGCAAUGAAGUACACUAUUCAACUUCCAAAAUGUCCAGUUUGGUAUGCAUCAAAAGGGGCCCAGUUAUCGAGGCAGAUAAAAGCAUUCGAGCUCAAGUGCGGCUGAUGAAUUUCAGUGAUGGAUCUCCAUAUGAGAUUUUGCAUGACUAUGUCAGCAGGACAGUAGCACCAUUCUUUAAAUCAUAUGUCAAGGAGUCUGGUAGAGCAGACCGUGAUGGUGAUAAAAUGGCACCAGCUGUAGAGAAAACUAUUGCUGAACUUGAAAUGGGUUUAUUACAUUUACAACAGAACAUUGAUAUUCCCGAAAUCACACUACAGAUGCAUCCUUAUAUAUCGAGUCUUAUCAAGCAAUGUGCUGAUGAGGGAAAGAAGCCUAAAGUGGCAGAUUUCAGUGACAAAGUAGAAGACUCAAACUUCCUGAACCAGCUACAACAUGGUGUCAAUAGAUGGAUCAAAGAAAUACAAAAGGUCACAAAAUUGGACAGAGAUCCUUCUUCUGGAACCGCCCUCCAGGAAAUCAGUUUCUGGCUGAAUUUGGAAAGAGCUUUGCAUCGCAUUCAAGAAAAACGUGAAAGUAUGGAGGUAGCUCUAACUCUGGACAUUCUCAAACAUGGAAAAAGAUUCCAUGCUACUGUGUCAUUUGAUACAGACACUGGUCUCAAACAAGCCAUUGCCACAGUGAACGAUUACAAUCCGCUCAUGAAAGAUUUUCCCAUUAAUGACUUAUUAUCUGCUACCGAACUAGAACGAAUUCGAGCUGCUGUCCAACUUAUAUUCGCCCAUUUGCGUAAAAUUAGGUCUACCAAGUAUCCCAUCCAAAGAUGUCUCAGACUUGUGGAAGCUAUUUCCAGGGAUCUGGGUGGUCAGUUACUGAAAGUUUUGGGCACCAGAAGAUUAAUGCAUAUACCUUUCGAUGAUUUUGAAAAAGUUAUGACCCAGUGUUUCGAAGUUUUUUCUAUUUGGGAAGACGAAUAUGAGAAGCUCCAAGCUCUCUUGAGGGAUAUUAUGAAAAAGAAACGAGAUGAGCACAUGAAGAUGGUCUGGAGAAUUUCUCCCCAACAUAAAAAACUGCAAAGCAGAAUGGACCAGAUGCGCAAGUUUCGUAGACAACAUGAACAACUCAGAACAGUUAUUGUUCGUGUAUUGAGACCUUCCAUUAGAGAAGCAGCAGUUCCUAUCGAAGGAGAAGAUAAUGAACCUCCAAAAGCUACUUUUUCACUUGAUGCAGCUGAUGCCAAUGCUAUUGAGGAAGUAAACUUGGCAUACGAGAAUGUCAAAGAAGUUGACUGUUUAGACAUCUCCAAAGAAGGUCAAGAUGCGUGGGAUGCUGCUGUACAGAGAUACGAAGAACGCAUAGACAGAGUCGAAACAAGAAUAACUGCUCACCUUCGAGAUCAACUGGGUACCGCCAAAAAUGCCAACGAGAUGUUCAGAAUCUUCUCGCGCUUCAACGCCCUGUUCGUCAGACCUCAUAUCAGGGGCGCUAUCAGAGAAUAUCAGACUCAUUUGAUUCAGCGAGUCAAGGAUGAUAUUGAGGCUCUGCACGAGAAAUUCAAGGUGCAGUAUCCACAAAGUAAUAGUGCGAAAAUCAGCAAGGUCCGAGAUCUGCCGCCUGUUGCCGGUUCUAUUGUGUGGGCUAAGCAAAUAGACCAUCAGCUGACUACUUAUUUGAGACGUGUUGAAGAUGUCCUAGGUAAAGGAUGGGAGAAUCACAUCGAAGGACAAAAGCUCAAAGCGGACGGUGACAGUUUCCGUUUGAAACUCAACACCCAAGAAAUCUUUGAUGAUUGGGCGCGUAACGUGCAACAGCGUAAUUUGGGAGUUUCCGGUAGAAUUUUCACCAUCGAGGCUGUUCGAUCGAGAAGCGGCAGGGGCAAUGUAUUGAAGCUCAAAGUGAACUUCUUGCCCGAGAUCAUCACUCUGGCUAAGGAGGUCCGAAACCUGAAAUGUCUAGGUUUCAGAGUACCGCUGGCGAUCGUCAACAAAGCUCACCAGGCGAACCAGCUGUACCCGUUCGCGAUAUCGUUGAUAGAAAGUGUCAGAACGUACGAGAUGACACUAGAAAAGAUCGAAGACAAGGCCAGCAUCAUCCCCCUGGUGGCGGGAAUGCGCAAAGAAGUGCAACAACUCAUCGCCGAGGGCAUCCAGCUCGUUUGGGAAAGUUACAAGCUGGACCCGUACGUCCAACGUCUCUCCGACAAUGUCGUUGGCUUCCAAGAACGAGUCGAGGAACUCGUCAUCGUUGGCGAACAACUAGAAGUCGACGUGAGGUCGUUGGAAACCUGCCCCUAUUCCGCCAACACGUUCGCCGACAUCCUCUCCAAAAUCCAGCAUGCCGUGGACGAUCUGUCCCUGAAGCAAUUCUCCAAUUUGCAUAUCUGGGUGAGCCGAUUGGACGAAGAAGUGGAGAAGAACCUGGCGCGUCGGCUGCAAGCCGGCAUCGAGGCUUGGACUGACGCUCUGAGCGGCAAGAAAAAGGAGAUCGAUCACAGCAUGGAUACGGACGCGCCCGUCCAACCGACGCACAAACCUGGCGGCGAUCCGCAAAUCCAGAUCGCCGUUCACGAGGUCCGGAUCACCAAUCAGACCAUGUAUUUGUAUCCGAGCAUCGAGGAGGCGAGGUCACAGAUAAUGCAGCAACUGUUCGCUUGGCAGGCGAUCGUCACGUCGCAGCAGCGGCUGCAGAGCAGCAGGUACCAAGUGGGCGUCGAUAAGCCUGUCACUGAGACGUACAGGAAUAUUCUGACCAAGUUGCCGGGGGGACCGCUGCCUCUUACUAGUGCUUACAGCGCGAUUGCUUCCAAAAUAAAAGAGGUUCAAAAUUAUGUCAAUGAGUGGCUAACUUAUCAAGCAUUGUGGGAUUUGCAAGCCGACAAUUUAUAUGGGAAACUUGGCGAAGAUAUUGGAAAAUGGAUGGAAUGCCUAAAUGAUAUCAAGAAAACAAGAACAACCUUUGACACAUCCGAUACCCGAAGAGAAUUUGGACCCAUAGUGAUUGACUUUGCCAAAGUCCAAAGUAAAGUAUCCUUAAAAUAUGACUCAUGGCACAAGGAAACCCUGAGCAAAUUUGGAGGAUUGCUGAGCAACGAGAUGACGACAUUCCACUCCAAUGUUUCAAAAUCAAGAUCGGAUCUAGAACUGCAAAGUAUCGAAGCAGCGAGUACUUCAGAUGCAGUUAGCUUCAUUACUUACGUCCAACAGCUAAAACGAAACAUGAAGGCUUGGGAGAAACAAGUAGAAAUUUAUAGGGAAGGUCAACGUAUUUUGGAACGUCAACGAUUCCAGUUUCCUGUGAAUUGGUUACAUGUAGAAAAUUUAGAAGGUGAAUGGGGGGCAUUCAACGAAAUAAUCAAGAGGAAGGACUCUAGCAUACAGACACAAGUGGCAAGCCUUCAACAAAAGAUCGUUUCUGAAGAUAAAGCCGUUGAAAGCCGAACUAAUGAUUUCCUUAUUGAUUGGGAAAGAAGCAAACCGGUUGAAGGACAUCUCAGACCAGACGAGGCACUUUCUCAAUUGCAGCUCUUUGAAAGUAAAUUUGCUCGUUUGAAAGAAGAAAGAGAUAAUGUCGCCAAGGCGAAAGAAGCCUUAGAAUUGCAAGAACCAGGUGGUAUCAGCACCAGUGAAGAUCGUAUGAUGGUUGUGUAUGAAGAACUGCAAGAUUUGAGAGGCGUUUGGUCAGAGCUUUCUAGAAUUUGGCAACAAAUCGAUGAGACUAGAGAAAAACCUUGGUUGUCUGUGCAGCCUAGGAAGCUGCGCCAACAGCUCGAUGCCAUGUCGGCACAACUAAAAGAACUUCCUGCUCGGCUGAGGCAAUAUGCUUCAUAUGAAUAUGUCAAGAAAACUCUACAAACAUAUACUAAGGUUAACAUGAUGAUUGUUGAACUGAAAUCGGAUGCAUUAAAAGAACGCCAUUGGAAACAACUCAUGAAACAAUUACGAGUCAACUGGGUUUUAUCUGAUCUUACCCUGGGGCAAGUAUGGGACGUCAAUUUGCAGAAGAACGAGUCCAUUGUCAAAGAUAUCAUCCUCGUGGCGCAAGGUGAAAUGGCCCUGGAAGAGUUCUUGAAACAAGUUCGUGAGUCUUGGCAAACUUACGAGUUGGACCUUAUCAACUACCAGAAUAAGUGUAAGAUAAUCCGAGGUUGGGAUGAUCUAUUCAAUAAAGUCAAAGAACACAUUAAUUCGGUUGCGGCAAUGAAGCUUUCGCCAUAUUACAAAGUUUUUGAGGAAGAAGCUCUCACUUGGGAAGAAAAACUUAAUCGUAUCAAUGCCUUGUUUGAUGUUUGGAUCGAUGUGCAAAGGCGCUGGGUAUAUCUAGAAGGUAUAUUUUCUGGAAGUGCAGAUAUCAAAACUCUCCUUCCUGUAGAGACUUCAAGAUUCCAAAGUAUCAGCUCUGAGUUCUUGGGGCUGAUGAAGAAAGUUAGCAAGAGUCCUAUGGUUAUGGAUGUUUUGAACAUACCAGGAGUACAAAGAGCUCUUGAGAGGUUAGCAGAUUUGCUUGGUAAAAUCCAGAAAGCCCUUGGAGAAUAUUUGGAAAGGGAACGCACAUCUUUUCCACGUUUCUACUUUGUUGGUGAUGAAGAUCUUUUGGAAAUUAUUGGUAACAGCAAGAAUAUUGCAAGAUUGCAAAAACAUUUCAAGAAAAUGUUUGCCGGGGUAGCAUCAAUUCUUCUUAAUGAAGACAACAAUGUGAUUACUGGUAUUGCUUCCAGAGAAGGAGAAGAGGUAGUAUUCGGAAAUCCAAUUUCAACAGUAGAACAUCCCAAGAUCAAUGAAUGGCUCACGAUGGUAGAAAAAGAAAUGCGUGUCACAUUAGCAUCGAAUUUAACUCAAGCUGUACAAGACAUCAAACAGUUUAAAGAUGGAGUCGACCCAAAAACAUACAUGCAGUGGGUCGACAAAUACCAAGCCCAAAUUGUUGUACUAGCCGCACAGAUAUUCUGGAGUGAAGAUGUUGAAGCAGCACUAGUCAAAAUGAACAGUGAACCGCAAAAAGGCCCGCUUGAUAAAGUUCUACAACAAGUAGAGAAUACUUUGAAUGUUCUUGCUGAUUCUGUUCUGCAAGAACAGCCGCAGUUGAGAAGGAAGAAGUUGGAACAUCUUAUUAACGAGUUUGUGCAUAAGAGAACAGUUACAAGAAGACUGAUUUCCAACGGAGUUUGUAGUAACAAGGCAUUUGAAUGGCUGUGUGAGAUGAGAUUCUAUUUUGAUCCUAGACAGACUGAAGUUCUCAAACAACUCACCAUACAUAUGGCUAAUGCCAGAUUCUAUUAUGGAUUUGAAUAUUUGGGUGUUCAAGAUAGGUUAGUACAAACACCUCUUACUGACAGAUGCUAUUUGACUAUGACACAAGCUCUUGAGGCAAGACUAGGAGGUUCUCCUUUCGGUCCUGCUGGUACUGGUAAAACAGAAUCAGUGAAAGCUCUGGGUAACCAAUUAGGUAGAUUUGUGUUGGUGUUCAAUUGUGAUGAAACAUUCGACUUUCAAGCCAUGGGUAGAAUUUUUGUUGGUCUUUGUCAAGUCGGUGCUUGGGGAUGUUUUGAUGAGUUUAAUAGAUUGGAAGAGAGAAUGCUAUCGGCAGUCUCUCAACAAGUACAGACCAUUCAGGAAGCUCUCAAAUCCCAAAUGGAAGCUGCAGCAGAAGGUGUUACAACUGGCAGCAUUAGUGUUGAGUUAGUUGGAAAGCAAGUGAAAGUGUCUCCAGACAUGGCGAUAUUUAUCACUAUGAACCCUGGAUAUGCGGGAAGAUCCAACCUACCCGAUAACUUGAAGAAACUGUUCAGGUCCCUCGCUAUGACAACUCCAGACAGGCAAUUGAUUGCUGAAGUGAUGUUGUUCUCACAAGGGUUCAGACAAGCAGAAAAAUUAGCAUCUAAAAUUGUUCCAUUCUUCAGAUUGUGCGACGAACAAUUGUCAAACCAAUCUCACUAUGAUUUCGGUUUGAGAGCUCUUAAGUCUGUGCUGAUAUCGGCCGGUAAUGUGAAGAGAGACAGAAUUCAGCGCAUCAAAGAAGGAAUAACACAACGCGGCGAAACUGUCAUCGAUGAAGCCAGUAUCGCAGAAAACUUGCCGGAGCAAGAAAUUUUGAUACAGUCCGUUUGUGAGACAAUGGUGCCUAAACUUGUGGCCGAAGACAUUCCUCUGCUGUUCAGUUUGUUGAAUGAUGUGUUCCCGAAUGUUCAGUAUACCAGAGCUGAAAUGAAAGGUCUCAAGGAUGAAAUCAGGAAAGUGUGUACAGAGGAAUAUUUGGUUUGUGGAGAAGGCGAUGAACAGGGAUCAGCUUGGAUGGAGAAGGUACUUCAACUGUAUCAAAUUUCCAAUCUCAACCAUGGUCUGAUGAUGGUAGGCCCAAGUGGUUCAGGCAAAAGCACAGCUUGGCGAGUACUUCUGAAAGCUCUAGAGAGAUAUGAAGGGGUAGAGGGCGUUGCUCACGUUAUCGAUCCUAAAGCCAUUAGUAAAGAAGCUUUGUAUGGUGUUCUUGAUCCCAACACGAGAGAAUGGACUGAUGGUCUUUUCACCCACAUUUUGAGAAAGAUUAUCGAUAAUGUGAGAGGAGAAAUAAACAAACGGCAAUGGAUAAUAUUCGAUGGCGAUGUCGAUCCAGAAUGGGUUGAAAAUUUGAAUUCAGUGCUGGACGACAACAAACUUUUAACUUUACCCAAUGGUGAACGUCUAUCACUUCCACCAAACGUCAGAGUUAUGUUCGAGGUUCAAGAUUUGAAAUACGCCACUCUAGCUACUGUAUCUCGUUGUGGUAUGGUCUGGUUUUCCGAAGAUGUACUAUCCACUGAAAUGAUCUUCGAGAACUAUAUUCUUAGCUUGAAGCAUAUACCUUUGGAAGAGGGGGACGACGAUAGUUUCGGCAAAAAAUCCGAUAACAAAGAAGAUUUGCUGUCACCUACCCUUCAAGUUCAAUUCGAUGUUGCUAAUUUACUGCAACCAUACUUGUCACCUGAUGGUUUGGUGGUACGUUGUUUAGAAUAUGCCAUGGAACAAGAGCACAUAAUGGAUUUCACAAGGUUGAGGGCCUUGAGUUCUCUGUUCUCCAUGUUGAAUCAGUGUGUAAGGAAUGUAUUGCAAUAUAACCAUGCCCAUUCGGACUUCUCGCUAUCAAAUGAUUGUCUAGAAAAAUAUAUUCCCAAAUGUUUGGUUUACUCGGUGUUAUGGAGCUUUGCUGGAGAUGCCAAACUCAAAGUGAGACAAGAACUCGGAGAUUUCAUCAGAUCAGUCACCACGAUUCCCUUGCCGCCCAAUAAUAACAUGUCCAUUAUCGAUUACGAAGUGAUCAUCGAGGGCGAAUGGUCACCCUGGUCCAAUAAAGUUCCGCAGAUCGAAGUAGAGACGCACAAAGUUGCCUCUCCGGAUAUUGUGGUACCCACUUUGGAUACUGUUCGACAUGAGUCGCUGCUUUACACGUGGUUGGCUGAACAUAAGCCUCUUGUUCUGUGUGGUCCACCUGGGUCUGGAAAAACAAUGACCUUAUUCUCUGCAUUGAGAGCAUUGCCGGACAUGGAAGUUGUUGGACUCAAUUUCUCUUCAGCUACUACACCAGAAUUGUUAUUGAAAACCUUUGAUCACUAUUGUGAAUACAGAAAGACACCCAAUGGAGUUGUUUUGGCACCUAUUCAGCUGGGUAAAUGGUUAGUUCUCUUCUGCGACGAAAUAAACUUACCAGACAUGGACAACUACGGCACCCAACGUGUGAUAAUGUUCCUCCGUCAAAUAGUCGAACAGAAAGGUUUCUUCCGAGCCUCGGAUCAAAGCUGGGUCGCCUUGGAGCGCAUCCAGUUCGUCGGGGCUUGCAACCCCCCCACGGACCCGGGAAGAAAACCUCUUUCUCACAGAUUCCUCAGACACGUUCCCGUCAUCUACGUCGAUUAUCCCGGGGAAACUUCGCUGAAACAGAUCUACGGUACCUUCACCAGGGCCAUGUUGAGACUGGCACCCGGCCUGAAGGGCUACGCUGAGCCGUUGACCAACUCCAUGGUCGAGUUUUACUUAGUGUCUCAAGAUAGGUUCACGCAGGACAUGCAGCCUCACUACGUGUAUUCUCCUCGAGAAAUGACCAGAUGGGUUAGAGGAAUUUGUGAAGCAAUAAGGCCAUUGGAUAAUCUCGCUGUCGAAGGUCUGGUCCGCCUGUGGGCGCACGAGGCGCUGCGUCUUUUCCAAGACAGACUCGUCGAAGAUUCCGAAAGAAGGUGGACCAACGAAAACAUCGAUGCUGUCGCCUUGAAACACUUCCCUUCAGCCAACUGCGAAAAGGCCUUGGAAAGACCCAUUCUCUACAGCAACUGGCUGUCCAAAGACUACACCCCGGUAGAAAGAGAACAUCUCAGAGAGUAUGUCAAAGCGAGGCUGAAGGUGUUCUAUGAAGAGGAGCUCGAUGUUCCCCUCGUCUUGUUCGAUGAAGUACUCGAUCACGUGUUGAGGAUCGACAGGAUCUUCAGACAACCACAAGGCCAUUUGUUGCUGAUAGGGGUUUCCGGUGCUGGGAAGACUACUUUGUCGAGAUUCGUCGCGUGGAUGAAUGGCCUCUCGAUUUUCCAGAUAAAAGUGCACAAUAAGUACACAGGGGAAGAUUUCGAUGAAGAUUUGAGAUCUGUGCUGAGGCGGAGCGGAUGCAAAGAUGAGAAAAUCGCAUUCAUUUUAGAUGAAUCCAAUAUGUUGGAUUCCAGUUUCUUGGAAAGAAUGAAUACUCUGUUGGCCAAUGGCGAAGUUCCUGGACUAUUUGAAGGGGACGAGUAUACAACGUUGAUGACUCAGUGCAAGGAAGGUGCCCAAAGAGAAGGUUUGAUGUUGGAUUCAAAUGAUGAACUUUACAAAUGGUUCACACAACAGGUUAUGCGUAAUCUACACGUAGUUUUCACAAUGAAUCCCUCUACCGAUGGAUUGAAAGAUAGAGCCGCUACAUCCCCAGCACUAUUCAACAGAUGUGUCUUGAAUUGGUUCGGAGAUUGGUCGGAUGGUGCAUUGUUCCAGGUCGGCAAGGAGUUCACGAACCGCCUGGACCUCGACAAGCCCACGUGGAGAUGCCCGGACUUCUUCCCCGCUUCGUGCAACCGCCUGCCGGCCACGCCCAAUCACCGCGAGGCCGUCAUCAACGCGUGCGUGUACGUGCACCAGACGCUGCACAAGGCCAACGGGCGGCUGGCGAAGCGCGGCGGUCGCACCACCGCCAUCACGCCCAGGCACUAUCUCGACUUCAUCCACCACUUCGUCAAGCUGCACAACGAGAAGCGGUCCGAUUUGGAGGAGCAGCAGCUGCACCUGAACGUCGGGUUGAGCAAGAUCGCGGAAACGGUGGAGCAGGUGGAGGAGAUGCAGAAGAGUUUGGCGGUGAAGUCCCAGGAGUUGCGUGCCAAGAACGAGGCGGCGAACGCGAAGUUGAAGCAGAUGGUGAAGGACCAGCAGGAGGCUGAGAAGAAGAAGGUGCAGAGUCAGGAGAUCCAGCAACAGCUGGCGGAGCAAACGGUGCAUAUCGAGCAGAAACGGUUUGAGGUUAUGGCUGAUUUGGAGCAAGUCGAACCUGCCGUUAUUGAUGCACAAACUGCUGUGAAGUCGAUAAAGAAGCAACAGUUGGUAGAAAUUCGUACAAUGUCGAAUCCUCCAGCUGUCGUCAAAUUAGCGUUAGAGUCCAUUUGUUUGUUACUUGGCGAGAAUGCUAGCGACUGGAAAUCUAUUCGAGCUGUGAUAAUGCGUGAUAAUUUCAUCAAUACUGUGGUCAACAAUUUCAACACUGAAGACAUCAGCGAUGAAGUGCGAGAAAAAAUGAAGAGCCGAUACAUGAGUAACCCAGAUUACAACUUCGAGAAAGUCAAUCAUGCCAGUAAUGCUUGUGGACCCCUUGUCAAAUGGGCAAUGGCGCAAAUCCUAUACGCUGACAUGUUGAAAAAAGUAGAACCACUGCGAGAUGAACUAAAUUCUUUGGAAAAACAAGCAGAAACCAAUCAAAAACGUGGAGACGAAAUCAAAAACUUGAUAAGCCAGUUAGAGCACAGCAUAGCUUCCUACAAGGAAGAAUACGCUCAGCUGAUCGCGCAAGCACAAGCAAUCAAAACAGACUUGGAAAACGUACAAGCUAAAGUCGACAGGUCGAUCGCCUUGUUAAAGUCGCUCGUGAUAGAAAGAGAGAGAUGGGAAGCUACCAGCGAAACGUUCAGAUCGCAGAUGUCCACCAUCAUCGGCGAUGUUCUCCUCUCCGCUGCUUUCAUCGCUUACGGGGGCUACUUCGACCAGCACUAUCGUCAGAAUUUGUUCACCACGUGGAGUCAGCAUUUGACUCAAGCCAGCAUUCAGUAUAGGGCGGAUAUAGCGAGAACGGAAUAUCUCUCCAACCCUGAUGAGAGGCUCAGAUGGCAAGCAAAUGCGCUUCCCGCUGAUGAUUUAUGUACAGAAAAUGCAAUAAUGUUGAAGAGAUUCAACAGAUAUCCUCUGAUAAUCGAUCCAUCAGGACAAGCUACCGAAUUCAUCAUGAACGAAUUCAAGGAUAAAAAAAUUACCAAAACUAGUUUUCUCGAUGAUUCGUUCAGGAAGAAUUUGGAAUCCGCGCUGCGUUUCGGAAAUCCGCUUCUUGUCCAGGACGUGGAAAAUUACGAUGCAAUUCUGAAUCCGGUUUUGAACAGGGAAUUGCGGAGGACAGGAGGACGUGUUUUGAUCACCUUGGGUGAUCAGGAUAUUGACUUGUCGCCUUCGUUUGUGAUUUUCUUGUCCACCAGAGAUCCUACCGUCGAAUUCCCACCUGACAUUUGUUCCCGUGUUACUUUCGUUAACUUCACCGUCACUAGAAGCUCCUUGCAGAGUCAGUGCUUGAACCAAGUUCUCAAGGCCGAGAGACCGGAUAUUGAUGCCAAACGCUCAGAUCUUCUGAAACUGCAAGGGGAGUUCCACUUGAGAUUGAGGCAGUUAGAGAAGUCCCUGUUGCAAGCACUAAACGACGCUAAGGGUAAGAUUUUGGAUGAUGAUAGUGUCAUAACGACUUUGGAGACGCUCAAACGCGAAGCAGCCGAAAUUGGACAGAAAGUCGAGGAAACCGAUAAGGUUAUAUCUGAGAUAGAAACUGUUUCUCAACAGUAUUUGCCAUUGUCCCAAGCAUGCAGUAACACGUACUUCACUAUGGACAGUCUCAACCAAGUACAUUUUCUUUAUCAGUAUUCGCUCAAGAUGUUCCUGGAUGUAUUCGGAAGUGUUUUACAUAACAAUACGAAAAUCGAUGGGAUCACAGACUAUGAAGCCAGAUUGAAAGUCAUCACUUCAGAUUUAUUCUCUGUUGUGUAUGAACGAGUGGCAAGAGGUAUGAUCCACAAUGAUCGCCUCACAUUUGCGAUACUGCUUUGCCGGAUUCACCUCAAAGGAGUACUGAAUGAACAGAAUCUCGAUCAGGAAUUCAGUUUCUUCCUCAGGUGCAAAGAAGGAGUUUUCAGUAAUUCUAAUGAUCUAUCGGUUGAGGGUUUGAACAAUGAUCAACAAGAAGCUGUAACUAGACUUUCGUCGAGACUUCCAGCAUUCAGAAAAUUAGCGGAGAAGAUAAGAGAUAUGCCUGAGUUUGGUGCUUGGUUGCAGCAGAGUACUCCAGAACAGGCUGUUCCCCAACUUUGGAUUGAAGAAAAGCAACUCAGUGCAAUAGGCACUGCAAUGUACCAACUCCUCGUCAUACAGGCUUUCAGACCAGACCGCGUAAUCGCAGCCGCCCAGAAUUUCGUCUCAAUCGUCCUAGGAAACGAAUUCAUGUACCAAGCCGAAAAAGAAUUGGACCUGGCGGCUUGCGUGGAAAAGGAAAUCAGAUCGAACGUGCCGGCUCUCUUGUGCUCUGUCCCCGGUUUCGAUGCGUCAGGUCGGGUCGAUGAUCUCGCCGCCGAGCUCAACAAGCAGAUAUCGAGCAUCGCCAUCGGGUCGGCUGAGGGCUUCAAUCAGGCCGACAGGGCUAUUAAUAUGGCCUGCAAGACUGGCAGAUGGGUGAUGCUGAAGAACGUGCAUUUGGCUCCACAAUGGCUGGUUCAGCUCGAGAAGAAGCUUCAUUCCCUACAGCCGCAUGCUUCGUUCAGAUUGUUUCUCACGAUGGAGAUCAAUCCCAAAUUGCCCGUGAACCUACUUAGGGCUGGAAGGAUAUUCGUUUACGAACCACCGCCUGGUAUUCGGGCCAACUUGCUCAGAACCUUCAGUACGGUUCCAGCUAGCCGAAUGAUGAAAGCUCCAAGUGAGAGAGCGAGAUUAUACUUCUUACUCGCUUGGUUCCAUGCUAUUGUCCAGGAAAGACUACGUUAUUGUCCAUUGGGAUGGUCGAAAUAUUAUGAGUUCAGCGAGUCUGACUUACGAGUGGCCUGUGAUACUUUGGAUACGUGGAUCGAUUCUACAGCUAUGGGUCGAACCAAUCUUCCUCCAGAGAAAGUCCCAUGGGAUGCCUUGGUUACACUUCUCUCUCAAUCCAUUUACGGUGGAAAGAUCGACAACGAUUUCGAUCAGAGACUUUUACAUUCCUUCUUGAACAAAAUGUUCACGCCGAAAAGCUUCGAGAGCGACUUUGCUCUGGUUGCCAAUAUCGACAAUCUUCCUGGAGGAAAUCGUCAUAUUACGAUGCCUGAUGGUACGAGACGAGACCAUUUCUUAAAGUGGAUCGAAAGCCUGGCAGAUCGACAAACUCCAGCGUGGUUAGGUCUUCCUAACAAUGCAGAAAAGGUCUUGUUGACCACGAGGGGUACUGAUUUGAUAGGAAAACUGCUGAAAAUGCAGCAAUUGGAAGACGACGACGAACUGGCUUACUCCGUCGAUGAUAGUUCUCCAACCGACCCGGCGCAAGUUGAUGGUCGGCCAUCUUGGAUGAAGACCUUGCACAAUAGUGCUCUAACCUGGGUCAAACUUUUGCCGACUUCACUGCAAACGUUGAGAAGGACCGUGGAAAACAUCAAGGACCCUCUUUAUAGGUAUUUCGAGAGAGAGGUCAAUUCCGCAUCGAAACUGCUUACCGAUGUUUUGCACGAUCUUAACGAUGUUCUAUUGAUUUGUCAGGGAGAGAAGAAACAAACUAAUUACCAUCGUGUGAUGUUGGGGGAAUUGGUUAGAGGAAUUAUACCUGUCAAUUGGCACCGUUACACCAUACCUAAGGGAUGUACAGUCAUUCAGUGGAUCACCGAUUUCAGUCAACGGGUGAAACAACUUCAGCAUGUUUCUCAACUCGUGUCGACAGCUGGUGCAAAAGAAUUACAGAGUUUCCCUGUUUGGUUGGGAGGGCUGCUGAACCCCGAAGCAUACAUAACUGCUACAAGGCAAUGUGUGGCUCAAGCUAAUAGUUGGCCACUGGAAGAGCUUCAUUUAGAUGUGACCAUUACAGAUUCCAGUGACAAAUCUUCCAUUCCUAGCGAUUGCUUUGCCGUUAUUGGUAUCAAACUACAAGGAGCCCAAUGCAGGAACAACCAACUUCUUCUCACGUCGAGCAUCAUGAUUGAAUUACCAAGUACACUUCUUCGCUGGGUUAGAGUUAUCGGUGAAGAAAAACAUAAGGAAGGGAAAUUAUCUUUGCCGCUUUAUCUCAACUCAACACGUACUGAACUGUUAUAUACAGUGGAACUUAAUAUUGCAGCUGGGCAAGACCCUCACAGUUUCUAUGAAAGAGGCGUAGCUUUACUUACAUCUACUUCAUUAAAUUAAUUUUAUUCUAUUUGUGUAACAUGUUAUUCAAGCUUUAAUGUCUUUAAUGUUAUUUAUGUUUUUCAAGAUAUAGCAGUUAUUUUAAUAGUAAAUAUACAUACUAAAAUAUAGGUUGAUCAU